AUGUCUAUAUACUUUCCCGACAGAUCAAAAACUCUACAAUAUGACAACUUUUACGUCUCGUUCCCACAAGGAAACGUCCUGCAGAUCACCUUGAAUCGACCGGAGAAGUUGAAUUGUAUAAACAAGGCCACAAGCCUUGAAAUUCAAAAGAUAUGGGACUAUUUUGAUAAAGAUGAGAGUCUAUGGGUUGGCAUUAUCACAGGCUCCGGGAGAGCGUUCUGUACCGGUGCAGAUUUACGAGAGUGGAAUGAAAUGAACAAGGCAGGAGUGGUGAGUAGCAUGGACGCGCCAGGCCUAGCUGGCAUUCCACGCCGAUCUGGCAGAAAGCCGAUUAUCGCCGCCGUAAACGGCAUUUGCAUGGGAGGUGGAUUCGAAAUGAUAGCCAACUGCGACAUGGUGCUAGCCUCCUCCACAGCCGUCUUUUCUCUGCCAGAAGUGAAACGCGGAAUAGUCCCUGUGGCCGGAUGCCUACCACGACUGACUCGCACUAUUGGCCUACAACGAACCAUGGAUCUUGUCCUCACCGGCAGAAAUGUAACGGCCCGAACGCUCUAUGAAUGGGGCCUUGUGUCCCGAGUUAUCGAUUCAGAUUCAGAUGUCGUGAAAGCUGCAGUCCAAGUGGCUCAAGAAAUGUGCAAAAACAGUCCAGAUGCAUUGAUCAUUGCUCGACAGGGGAUACGAAUGAGUUGGGAAAUUGGCAGCGUCGAGGAAGCUGUGUCGGCCCUAGCCGCUGAGUCGUAUCCUAGCUUGGUUGCUGGCCCCAACUUUGCCGAGGGCAUCGAGGCCUUUGUGGACAAAAGACCUCCUGCUUGGAUAAAUUCAAAGCUUUGA